UCUCUUCCCCCACCUCAGAAAAAAAAAAGCUCUCUCUUCCCCAAACAUCAAAACACGAACCCCAUCUCCCACCCGAAUCCCUCCCUUUCACCCUACCCUACCCAACCAAACCCUAACCCCUCGGCGGCGCCGGCGGAGGCCCACCGCCCUUUCUCCUGGCGAGCCACCAGGCAGGAGGACACCCUACGGCGAACGAGGGGAUGAUGCCCACCACCACGCGACGGACCGGCAGCAGGUCGACAUCCCCUUCCCAUUCCCCCGCGUCAUCCUCCGCUCCGCCGCGGCCACUGCACGAACGCGCUCAACGCCUGCCGCGCCCCACGCACACGGCUCCACCGCUCUGCCAGAACUGGGGGACCUCACGAUGAAUCUGGACGGCGGCUCGCGGAUGGCGGUCGUGACUGGACGCGGCCACCGCCCCCUGCGACAUCUGGAUCUCCGUCUGCAGGCGAUCCCCUUUCACCCUACCCAACCAAACCAUAACUGGGGAGCCGGCGGCGGCGCACCCUGCCGAGCCACCAGGCAGGAGGACGAGACCCUACGGCACCAGCAUCCGCCUCGCGCACGCGCCGGAGGGGAUGCCGACCACCACCAGCAUCCGCGCGCACCAGGAGAUGGCGUCCGCCAGAUCCCCUCGCCCCCACGACUUCCUCCAUGCUGAGCGUCCGCCAGAUCUACAUGUGCUGGAAUUAGCAAACUGCUACUUCACAUUGGUUACGCUUGACUCUGGAUUCCAUUUUGCUCAGGUAAAUUAAGCUGCUGUUCCCGUGUUGGUCCAGCUCCUCCCCCUGUCCACCUCGCUGGGAUGCUGCUGCCGGCGUCCUUGGCACCUCCGUGGUGGUGUUGGCAACGGCGUUGGCGUCGGCGCCACAAUGCAGCCGCAACCCCCCACUACCUCAACUCUUGUGAGAAGAAUGUGUGGUCAUCUGCUUCGUCUACACAGCCCUGCGGAUUUCAAGGAGGAGGACCUGAUGAUGGAGCUGGAUGCAUCACUUUCUUGGUUCAGCUACCUUCUCGCAGCAACUUUUCUACCACCUUAACUCUGCGAUAAUAUGGUUACAAUGCAUGAACCGGAAUUUAAGGUUCGGUUUUGUGCUCACGUAAAGCUGCUGCUGAUUCCGUAUCAAGUGGAGCCGAGCUCCUCCACGACGCCCCUUCCGCCGCGCCAGCAGGAACGCUCCCCACGGCCAGUGUCGCGCUUCUGCUCUUCAACAACUCAUAGUUGCACGAAUCGAAUAGAAUCAUUCUUUUCAGGAUGCCGUAAAGCUCCUGUUUCCGUCUUGGUGGAGCUCCUGCCCGCAUCAACCUCCCUGAGAUGCUGCUGCCCCCUGCCUUCUUUCCACACCCGUCGUCUUCUGCUUCGUCUGCAACACUAUGGAUAUCGAGGAGGAGGAUCUGAUGAUGGAGCCUGCCGUCAGAAGCUAUAUGCAUCACUUGAAAGGAUGGAGAAAUGGAGCUGUCCAGGAGGUAGUGCGGGAUUAGGCGAGUUUCUCCUUGUCUCUGUGUGCACUAUGAUGUACCAUGGCAAUGGAGCCAUGUCCGAAAUGGGACGGCGACGCGGACUGGCCUCUUGCGUGGCUCCACCUAACUCGCUGACUGUCCAAUUUUUGUAAUGCUUCAGAUCAGGAGUUGUAAUGCUGUAGUGAACUGUUGUUUUGUAUGCAUGUAGUUGCUAUUCUUCAGUUGCGUUUCACUUUGGUUAUGGAGUUGAAUUGGGUCUGUAUGUCACAUUAACUUUGUUUUAUGGAAAUUUCAUUGAUC